UCUUACAUUGACCAGCCGUCCAUCAUGGCAGCCCUGCCUAUCUUCCCAGGAAAAUGUUUUCAAGACAUUUAUGUUAAAAAACUCUGCUAUGUGUAAGAUGGUCCCUAACUACACAACCUUUGUGAGUGGUGCAACUUUGUGGGAUAGAGGCAUUUACCAUCCUGCUCACAAUCGUCGCCAUGAGAGACCUUCAUUACUAUGCCCCAGGUUUACAGCUCACAUGAAAAUUUCACCUGGAAUCCUUGAGUCUCCCCAGAUGCUCAGUACCAAGUUCCGUGGCUUUCCAGUCAAACAGAUGAGUCAAAACAAAACAAAAUUCCCAACUCAGAGAAACACCUGGAGAGAUACAGUCUGGUUUAGAAGAGGACAGAAACAGGUUGUGCAUACAAAUAUACCCAUUCACCGUGAAUAUAAAGUUCCAAAAUUACCUCCACCAAGUUUGGCUUCCAGCGAGGAAGAUCUGGCUGAGGCAAUUGUCCACACACCUACUCCAUCAGUUAGAAACCAGGAGACCUCUUUAACACAGACUAUUGGAUCAGAAGAAAAGAAAAAAGAACCUGAGCUCUUAUGGACUAACACAGAAAUUGACAAAGAUACAGAGUUGGAUGAGUUAGACAAGCUUCGGAACAGUGUUUCUCCAUUACUUUCUGAAACAGAACACACUCCCUCAGAUUUCAGUAGGCUGACUUCAAGUAUAAAGAGCAACCAGACGCUGUUCAGCUUUGAGAGAGAAACUGACUGGUCAGACACAGAACUUGAAGCAGCCAGUAGCAGUAGCCAAACUUCCUACCACCCCAUUCUGCAUACAAGCUCUCUACUGGUGGCAAGUGGUUACUGCAGUGGCUUUCUGAGCCCCAGUCUGAACAGUUCCAGUUACCAUGGCACUGCAAACAUUCUCCAAGCUUCAUCAUAUUCUGUGAAAAAAUGCUCAGGGCAAACACCUUCUUUCGUAGAAAUUUGGCAUGACCGUCUCCUGCACCACUGGCCUGUUCUUCCACCGAUCUCCCCACAAAGAGCAUGCUCGGAUACGACAUGUGAGGUCAGAUCUCAGACAUCCAAACUUAGCAGUGCUACACAAGAUGCAUUCAAUGAACCUGAAGGAAUUAAUCCACGAACAGGCUGCUCUUUGUCUCAGUGCAAUGAAAGGAACUCCUCUGAGGAAGACCUAUCAGAUCUCUCAGGACUUUCUAAAAGGGCUGCGUCUUUGAACAUUGGAUGUGUAAGUGAAGAUGAAUCACUAGCUGCAAUCAGGCUUUCCUUGUUGGAUCACCAGAGUUGGGAAAAGACAGGCCAAGAUGAAGGUAUUCAGAAUGAUGUCGAAGAAUGGUGCAAUGCCUCAGAAGACAUUUUGGGAUAUAAGAUGGAAAAUAUUAUUGGAUCUGCAGCCCUAGAUGCCAAUGGCUUCCUGCUUCAUCUUGCACCUGCCUUCUUGAAAGAAAACAAGACAUCAGAUACUUACUCAAAUAAUGGAAUAGCUGAUCAGCAGAGUAUCUACACAAUGGUUGGUUGCAGCAAGUCAGAGGCAGUGUUUAUUCUCAAGCAAUUGCAAGGGGGAGAGUGCGCACGGACAGGGAUUCCCCCUCCCAAGACUGUUGGAAUGAAAUCACCAAAUACUCUGAGGAAUGAAGAAAAUUCUUUUUCUACUACUGAACUACACCCAAAUACAGGCUUGGAAAUAAAAUCAUCUAUAGCUGGAGCUUCUUUGGUUGAAGACUGUUGUUUGUUCCCCCAGUUAACAGGCUUGAAUGAAACUGAAUCCAAGCUGGAGAGUAGGGACCCCAUCUCUCUUGGACACAUGCACAAGGCUCAGCAUGAUACAGUACUGAAAGAACCAGCGGAAGAGUCAAAUAAGGAUAUGGAUGGCUGUUGCAUUGGAGAUAAGAGGCCUGGAGAGUCCAGAACACCCAGUCAUGCAAAUAGAGGAAGACCUUCCAAUCUGGACCACACCAUUCUGCUGGGAAUGGACCAACAACGAAAAGCUGAGGGAAGACAAGCUCAAGCCUUACACAUUUACUCAAAACUCCAGGAGACUCAAAAUCCUGCAUUCCAAGCACCUGAGACUAGGACUAUCUCCAACUUCGAAGAUUUCGACUUUUUGGCAAAAUACUGCAUCUUCAGCCAGGAGAAGUUGGCUAAGUACAAAAGGGCUUUUGAAGCAGUGGAUACUGAUGGAGAUGGAUACUUGAACUGCCUGCAAGUUUUGAUGGCUCUGAAAGAAACUGUCCCUUCGGAUGCACUAACUGAUGCCGAAGAACUUUAUGUAUAUAGGAUCUUAGAGAUUGUUGACUAUUAUGUAACAGAUGGCCUGACAGACCUCCGACUCUUCGCAGUGAUGGCUAGCUUGGCACAGAAAAUAGCAGCACUGGACAAUUUUAUGAGAGCGUUGAUUGGCCGCAUGGAUUUUAAAGCCUUGGAACUGAAAAUGUACAAUGCUAGGCAAUUAUUUCUGUGGAAUAUUGACUCUCACUCCAGCAGCAUCACAGUGGACCAACUUUUGGUAGAGCUGAAGGCUGGCGGGAUAAGCGAAGAGCAUGAGAAAGCCGUGCAGAGAGAACUGCGACACAUCCAGAAACUGGAUCUUCUUGAUUUCUUGACUUACCUGCCACUCUUUGUCCUUACCCACAACUCUGUCAUUGCCAAUCCACUGGAUGAUUCGAGAACAAUCUGACCAACUACCUUAACUCUAGCAGAAGGGAAGCUGAAGUCUUGUGAAGGCUUCUGAUUUACCAUUUUCCAGCAGACACCACAGAUUGUAGUGGUGCUAAGGAACAACAGAUCAGAAACAAAAAUUGCAAUUCCAAUCAAUACACUAGUACGUGUAAAUACAGCAAGGCCUCAUCUGUAGCCCUCAGUCACCUACUCAGGCCUUGCAGGAGUAAAUCAGAUAGAGGCUCAAAUAUUGAGAUUUGUAAAUGUAAAUGUUGAGGGUACAUUUGGCACCCACAGGGACAGUGGCUGAGCCACAGUCUUGGAAAUGUUCCCAAGAAUUAAACCGUGUCAGGGUUUCUGUGAUGAUGUGGCCCCCUUUAUACAUGAGGGGCCACAUUUUCAGAAGGUCUCAGCAACCACAGUUGUGCUCAAAAUGGCUACUUCAUGUAGGUGCCUUGAAUGGGAAGAGUUGGAUCCAGAGCUCUUUUGAAAAUCUGACCCGUUAUCUGCUGUUAGAAUAUAUUUUUAAAAAAUAAUUGUAAAAUACUAAUAUAAUGUGUAGGAAUUCCUUUUUCUCCAUUUAUCUCAGCCAGUGCACUUUUAAGUCUGGUUACUGUGACCGGCCUAUAACUAUUGAGAAUCAACAGGUUAUUUCUAGUGUGUAGUGAGAAAUAGGCUGAAAAUUUUGCCUUUUCAAUCUGAUCACAAACGUUUUGAAAUUAUAUUGUUAAACUGUCAUUGGGUAAAGUGAGAUAAACAGCAUCUGGUUCAGGAUAAUCAGCCACUGAAGGAACCUGGAUCUACCUAAAAGAGUCAAAAGUAAGAAAAUGUAUCAGACAAAAGCUGACCCCAGCAGGCUUGCAAGGAUGUUGUGUCAUGGGGGAUGUUGAUGUCACAUCCGGCAAGAGCAACUAUGUAUAUAGGUGGCAAUCUGUAAGUCCUUACAAUAGACUCCUAUGGAACCUUUGCUUUGUCUUCAAUGGGAGUUUUGAUUUACUAAUGUUAGGUGUGUCCAAUGAUUUUCACUGUGUUUUUGUAGCACAGGUCCUUCACAAGGAUUUUCCUUAGAUACCUAAUGCAAAGCACUCUGGACCAAAUCCUCAGCUGGUGGAAAUCUAAGUAUUGGACCAUCUGAGGUAGGGUUGCCAACUUUCUAAUCGCACAAAACUGAACAACCCUACCCCACCCCUUCCCCAAGGCUCCGCCCCUUCCCCGACUCUUCUCUGAGGCCCAUCCCUGCUCGCUCCCUCACCCCUCCCUCCGUCACUCACUCUCCCUGACCCUGAUUCACUCUCACCGGGCUGCAGCAGGGAUGUGGGGUAUGGGAGGGGGGUGAGAGCUCCAGCUGGGGGUGCAGGCUCUGGGGUGGAGCCAGGGAUGAAGAGUUUGGGAUGUGGGAG